AUGGCGGCCAUGACUGGAAUGGGAGUAGAUGCGGAAUGUGCCACGCCCUACUGCCCACCACCAUGGCACGGCUUUGAAGGCAAUUGUUACCAGUUUAUUGAUCUUCAGAAGUCAUGGCUUGAAGCUGAGAAACACUGCCAGAUGUUAUCCCACCCAGGCAAGAUGGUUCAUCUAGCAUCCAUUCACAGUAACAAGGAGGAUGCCUUCAUCGGCAGUUUGGUCAAGUCUUUAAAGCAUUCCAAGAAAACGAAGGCAGAUGAGGGCGAGUCUUAUUGGAUCGGUUACCAUGACAUUGGACAUGAGAAUGUGCAUCAAUGGAUUGAUGAGACGGCUGCUGUCUACUGCAAUUGGGCUACAGGCGAACCUAAUAACUACCCUGAGAGUGAGAACUGCGUGGAGAAGUACAAACAAUAUGCAUCUCAAAAAUGGAAUGAUUUUGACUGUAACGCAAAACAACAGUUUGUCUGCAAAUUGUGAACACUUGCGCCGUAUCAUCUCCCGUUGAUGAUGAAACGGUGCUGAUCACUACAUGUACUACAACUUGUCUGCAUUUCUAUUUGUGACAUAAGAGACGUAGGUCUGAAUGUGCAAUUCAUUACCAAUAUUUAUGGGGAGUUGUAGUUUAUUUGCUGCUUUGUUAGUAAUUUUUUGUUUUGAAUAACGGGAAAUCCGAAAAGAGUGCAAUAAUUUUUGUACAAAGUCGCACUUCACGAAAUCAGAACCUAGUUAUUAUUUUAAAGCAAACACCUCUCCCGUUUUCACACAGACAAAAAUGUUGUGAUCUCACUUAAAGGCACUGGACACUAUUGGUAAUUACAACAACAAA